UCUCACAAGGUUUUUCCAUGUCGAACAGUUAGAGAUUUUCUCUACCAGCCGUAGUGUCUAUAUAUAUUUUUUCUGUAUAUGAAGGGUAGCCAAAGGCACCGCAAUGCUGGAGCAUUUCAGCUGUUUGCGCCUAUUGAACACGGUUGUCUUGGUUACCGCAGUCACGUGUUUGGUUACCAAGGCAUCAGUGGUAGUGCCUAGUAACGGGGGAUGUACACCAUGUGCUCUUGAUGAUUGUGUUAAUCAGACAAACUGCUUGGGUGGGUCCUCAAUGGAUGAGUGUAACUGUUGCUCAAUAUGCUUGAAAGUUGAAGGUGAACCCUGCGGUGGCUUAUCGUAUCGUCUGGGACGCUGCGAUCGCCAUUUAUAUUGUAACAUUACUGGACCAUACCGAAGAGACCCUGUAGGAAAAUGCGCCCCUAAAGCCACAUACCAACACAUCAGUAACCAAAGACAAUAUAUCCCUACAGUGGUCCAUAUAAACACAGGGGCUCAGGCAUCAACCACACAUAGGUACCCUAGUACCAACAAGACCCUCCAAGAGCCUGGUACUAACAAUAGGGCCAUUACGUCACUGGGUUCUAAUGAUACCACAAGGACAAAAGAAGUGGUAAUACAUAAGACCCCAACUAAAAAAGGGACCCUUAGUUCGGCACCAAAUAAUGUGAGUGUAAGUAACACAGGGAGCCCGAGCAGUAACAAAGCUUUUUUACCUGGAGAACGAAAAAAUAAAGGGAUCAAUAAAGAUACCGAGUACAUACUCAACAGUCCAGUAGAUACCAAGCCUGCAAUCCUUUUUCUAAUAACCAGCGGUAUUAUCAUAGCUUUUUUGGUUGUCAUGGUUACCUGUUUUGGUGAGAAGUUCAAGCGCAAGAGGCUAAGAGCUUAAUUAUUAUAAGCAACAAUGAUAUAUUUUCUCAAUAGUCCCUUUUAUCAUUACUCUCCUUUGCAGUUCCC